AUGGCUAGUAAGGUGUUUUGGGGACUUGUUGCAUUAAUUCUUUCUUUGCAAGAUCAUUUCUAUGUUCAAAGUCAAGAAUGUAGGUUGAUAGGGAAGUUUGACCUACAUGGGUUUUUGGAAGCUAAAAACCAUGAGCUGAUUAUUGGAGGAAUGUUCCCUUUCCACUUCAGGACAAUAUUAACAAACGAUUCUGUGAUGGAAGAGCCCAAGUCACCAAAAUGUGAAGGGUUUAACUUUCGCAGUUUACGCUGGGCCAAAGCCAUGAUGUACGCUAUCGAAGAAAUAAAUAAUCGAAAUGACAUUCUUCCUAAUAUUACUCUUGGUUACCAGAUAUUUGAUACAUGCUUCACCAUCUCCAAAGCAGUGGAAAGUACCCUGACAUUUCUGACUGGACAAAAUGAAACACACCCCAACUUCCGAUGCAGUGCUGGGGCUCCCCUUGCUGCAGUGAUUGGAGCUGGAGGAUCAGCCUUAUCUAUUGCCACUGCCAGAAUCCUAGGACUGUACUACUUCCCUCAGGUUGGGUAUGCAUCAUCUUGUUCUGUUCUUAGUGACAAAUUCCAGUUUCCAUCUUUCCUCCGUACAAUACCCAGUGACGUAACACAAUCAAAGGCUAUGUCAGAACUUGUCACAUACUUUGGAUGGUCCUGGGUGGGAACUAUAGCAGCAGAUGAUGACUAUGGGAAAUAUGGUAUAAAGCUCUUUAAAGAAGAGGUGGAAAAACAUGGGGUUUGCAUUUCCUUUUCUGAAACCCUCCCUAGAAUAUAUAACAAGGAAUCAAUAGACAAAAUAGUAGAAGCUAUAAGAAAAUCUUCAGCUAAUAUCAUUGUCAUUUUUUCAUCAGAUAUAGAUCUCAGUUCAUUAAUGGAAGCCCUGGCACAAACAAACAUAACUGGGAAAACAUACAUAUCCAGUGAAGCCUGGACAACAUCUGCACUAAUUGCUAAGCCAGAGUAUAUUAAUUUCCUUGCUGGAACAAUUGGCUUUGCUGUUCGAAGAACAGAGUUACCAGGUUUUGAAGACUUUCUCUAUGACAUACACCCAGAGCAUGGGACUGAUGAUCUGGUGUAUGAAUUCUGGGAGGAAGCUUUUAAUUGUACUUGGCCAACAAACAGGGCAUCGUUUUAUACAAAUAUCAGUGCUGAAGCAACAGUUGCUGGAAGGAAAAGAAAUAUUUCCCCUGUCCUUUGUACUGGAAGAGAAAGGUUAAAAGACAUUAAGAAUACAUAUACAGAUGUAUCUCAGCUCCGCAUCACAUACAGUGUUUACAAAUCUAUCUAUACAAUUGCACAUGCUCUUGAUGAUUUAGAUAAAUGUAUUCAAGGCAACGGACCCUUCCCUUCUAAAUCAUGUGCACAGUUGCUUGAUUUUGAACCAUGGCAACUAAUGUAUUAUUUGAGAAAUGCAAAAUUCUCCCUGUUUAAUAAUGAUUCAAUUAAUUUUGAUGAUUCAGGGGAUGUCAAAGGAUAUUAUGACAUCUUAAACUGGCAGUAUAUUACCAAUGAGACAAUUGGCUUUACUAAUAUAGGAUAUUUCAAAUCUACUGAUAUUGGAAGUGGUACAGAAAUCAAAAUUAUGAACUCUUCAAUAUUCUGGAACACCGCCAAUGGAUUGUUUUAUCUGGUUCUGUCUAGAAGCCAAGUUCUAUUUGGAUUAGGCCUUAAAGAUGCAAGAGAAUGUAUUUCUUGUCCGUCAGACUUUUGGUCUAAUUCUUACAGAAAUGAAUGUGUAUUGAAGGAGGUGGAAUUUCUUGCAACUGAUGAAGCUCUGGGAAUCACAUUGAUAUUCUUGGCUGUAUUUGGAUCUUCCCUUGUCAUUGUGUUCACUGUUAUUUAUACAAUGUACAGAGAAACAGCUUUAGUCAAGGCAAAUGAUAGGGAGUUGAGUUUUCUCAUACAGAUAUCUUUGGUUUGCACUUUUAUGACUUCAAUACUUUUUGUAGGAAAGCCAGAAGCAUGGUCUUGCAUGGCCCGUCAAACUACUCUUGCUUUGGGGUUUUCCCUUUGCCUCUCUUGUAUACUUGGAAAGACAAUUGUUUUGAUGUUAUCAAAAAGGGCUGCAAAAUCUAAAGUUGCUGAUAAAAAGAACCAGAUAAUCAUGAAGCCUCUCUAUCAAAAAAUAGUUGCUGUCAUCGGUUUGACUAUUGAAACUGGUAUUUGUACAGCCUAUCUAAUUUUGUACCCUCCUUGGGUCUAUAAAAAUAUGGAAUCUCAAAAUGUAAAGAUCAUUCUUGAAUGCAAUGAGGGUUCAAUCGAAUUUCUGUGCUCAAUGUUUGGGUUUGAUGUCUUCCUUGCCAUAUUAUGCUUUCUUACUGCCUUUGUAGCUCGAAAACUACCGGAUAAUUUCAAUGAGGCUAAAUUUAUUACUUUUGGAAUGCUGGUCUUCUUUAUUGUUUGGAUAUCUUUUGUUCCAGCUUACUUAAGUACUCGUGGAAAAUUCAAAGUGGCUGUUGAAAUCUUUGCCAUCUUAGCCUCAAGUUUUGGUUUACUUGGUUGUAUUUUUGUACCCAAAGGAUACAUAAUACUUCUAAAACCAGAAAGAAACACUGAAGAAAUUGUUGGUGGUAGAGCUGCUACCAAUGAUAAAAGUGCUCCAGCUACAUCUGCUUCCAUUACUAGUGAGGUCAACAGUACAACUGUUUCCACUGUUGUACUUGAUGAGUAA